AUGGGGGUUUUAACUGCAUGCAACACAGAAGACAGUGAAUGUCUACUGCACAUUUACUCCACACUUAAGAGGGAAUAUGAGGACUUGGCACAUAGGGAUGAGGAUAUGUCGAUCCAUCUGUCCAACUCUGUGUAUGAAGUCAUGUCUUCUCUGACGUGCCCUCAUUGCCUUAAGCAGAGCAACACCUUCGACCCAUUUUUAUGCAUCUCCCUGCCUAUCCCCCUACGACAAACAAGGCCGCUGUGUGUGACGCUGGUGUUCAGUACGAAGGGCCAGAGGUACCUGCGGGUCGGGCUGGCUGUACCACUCUUUGGUUCUCUGUCCUGCCUGAGAGCCAUGGUGGCAGAGGAGGGCAAGAUCUCCCCAGACCAGGUCAUCCUAUCAGAGUUGUACUCCACGGGUUUCCAGCGUUCCUUUUCAGAUGAUGCCGACCUGACGGCAAUUGCUGACAGCGACGUUAUCUACGCCUUUCAGGCUCCUCCUCUCCAAAGUCGUGGAGGCUCCGCACAGCCCUCAGGGUAUCACCACAGCCUCCCCUCCUCCCCCUACACUUCUACGGGCGGAGUCGACAGUCAGAGGUUAUCUCCGUCUGGCACCCUCUCCUCUGAAUACCUGAACCAGGGCGGCUCCAUGAAGGUGCUCCUUGUCAUCUGCAACACAGCGGGAUCGGGCCAGCAGGCUGUCAGGUUUGGACCUCCAUUCCUCAUGCGUGAGGACAGGAGCAUCUCCUGGGACCAACUGCAGCAGAGCAUCCUCAGCAAGCUCUAUUAUCUGAUGCUGAAUGGAUCUCAGGCUCAGAAUGCUGGGGUGCUGUUCAAGAUUAGAGUCGUGGGAGGAACGGCAACCUACAGCUACCUGUCCCCGCAGGACAGCAGGCCACUGUACCACCCUGCAGUUGACAGAGCUCUGAAGUGCUGCGGCCCCGGAGGACCUCCGCACCUUAAGGUCGUGAUUGAGUGGGAGAUCAAGAUUAAAGAAUGUCUCUUUGGCAGCAUACAAGAGGAGGUGGUCAAGGACGCAGAGAGUGUGAGGAAACAGCAGCAGCAGCACCUGCAGCAGCACAGCUGUACCCUGGACGAGUGCUUCCAGCUUUAUACCAAAGAAGAACAGCUUGCUCCAGACGAUGCCUGGAAGUGUCCCCACUGUAAGCAGCUUCAGCAGGGCAUGGUGAAGAUGUGCCUGUGGACUCUCCCUGACAUACUGAUCCUCCAUCUCAAGCGCUUUCGACAGGUAGGCGAGCGGAGAAACAAGCUGUCCACCCUGGUGCGUUUCCCCCUGACUGGUAUGGACAUGGCCCCCCAUGUGGUGAAGAGGAGUCAGAGUAUGAAGAACCUGAACUUAGGGGCCUGGCCACCACCAUGGAAGGAGCCCUCAGGCCAACAUCACCAACCUGCCGACUUGAUCCUCCCCCACGACUAUCUGUACGACCUCUACGCUGUGUGUAACCAUCAUGGAGGAAUGCACGGGGGACAUUAUACCGCUUACUGUAGGAACUCAGUGGACGGACAGUGGUAUAGCUACGAUGACAGCAGCGUGGACUUGGUGCCUGAGGAAGAAGUAUGUACCAGAGGAGCAUACAUUCUUUUCUACCAGAGACGCAACACCAUUCCUCCAUGGUCGGCCAGUUGCUCCGUCAGAGGAUCCACAAGUUCAUCCAUGUCAGACCACUGGCUAAUCCGGCUGACAGGGGAUAGUAAGAGAGGCAGUCUGGUCUCUCGAUUAUCUACCACCUGCCCAUCCUCCUUGCCUGACUCACCAGAGUCUCCGGUGUUCUUGGAAAACAGUUCUAAAGAGGAAAGAGGGGGUUUUGAGAGCAGACCAUUUAUCAGAGGCCUUCAGGGACGCAGUAUGAGCAUGAGAGCCCCCAGCAAGACCAAGGAGACUCUGAGCAAAGUGUUUCCCCUUCGCUGGUCCUUUGGUUCAAAGGAAAGACGGAAACCUGACCCAGUGCCUCCAUCUGUCCAAGAUCCUGCCCCUGUGGAGCUUGUACAGUACUUGGAAUCUGGCCGGCGGCCCCGGUGCACGAAGGAUCCAAUAGUAACAUUGAUGAGCGAACCACGCAGCACAAAGGAAGCUGCUGAGGGCCGGGCUUCAGCCAAUGUCCGAUCUUCCAGUGUUGGGAGCAUAAGUUGUAUGAAUAAGGCAGGAGAUGAGUGGUCGCCUGAGUCUUCACAGGUCCCAGAGGGCCAAAGGAGACCAUCAGAUAAGACAACCAGCUUAAGACGCAGGAAGGGGAGCCAGACGAGAGAGGAGAGCACCACGAAUAUCAGCAGUAGCUCAAGCAGUAACACUCUCACCAGGAGGAAGGAUGCCAGGAAACAAAGCUCCUCCAAAGCUUCCCAGGAUACUUUUGAGACAAAAAGGAGUUCCAGUGCUGGAGUUCAGUCCAGCUAUAGCUCUCCUAGCCUUCAUGAUGGGACCCUGAGAAGACAAAAAGGGGACAGGGCUGAAAGGGAACACCACAGUGCAUAUGAAGGAAACUCUAAGACCAAGAAAGAAGAAGUGCCUAAGAGCCAUGAGGGACUGCUCUCCUUCUUUAAAGGUAACUUCCUUAAGAAGGAUAGGGACUCAAGAAAGUCCAAGGAGGGUGAGUCAGGGAAAGGAGGAGCUGAGGAAGGAGGCAGAAGGACUCUCUCGAGGCUGUCGCUGUCCAACGGAGCAGCAGCAGCAGCAGGAGGAACUGAGGUGGAAGUUGGCAAGUCUAAUGGCUCCGGCUAUCGUGGCGAUGAGCUGGCAAACGGGAAAGUGGGACGAUCCACGGCGGACAUCAAGCGCUCCCAGAGCUCCUCCAACAUCCCCAUCAAAGCGGAGCAGAGCAUGCGUAGGACAGCAUCUUUGCAUCGUAACGGGAUGUCUUCAGUCCCAGCCCCAUCACGCAGCCUGACAACUGACAAACCGUCUUAUGGCACCCUGCAGAGGACUCGUUACAGCACGACCUCGCUGGGACGAAAAAGGACGGUCCCCGAAUCCAGCUUCUGACGCAUAGAUAUUCAACUCAUCCACAGACGCACAAAGCUUUUUAUUUGUCAAGAUUGAAUGACGUCCAAUCUCUGAGAUCAAAGCAAUAGUGCUCAAUUCCAAGUGGUGCUUCUUUUUGUCUCCAGAAUAUGAAGUCUCAAGUGGCUUGGAGUUGAAUCACAGAGCAAAUGAAGAGUCUGUUAAUGCUGGGAUAUAAAGAGCAGAAUUAAAUCAUUGGACCUGUUCAUCAAACAUUAGAGGGAGUCCAUUUUGUGUUCUAUUUUUUUUAUAACUUAAAACAAGUGCCUGAGCAAAUAAUAUGCAGUAUAGAACCAAGGAGUUUGUCUGUUUAGCACUGGAAGCACGAAAUUACACACAUGCACAUGGAAGCAUAUUAUCCGCAUUUGUGUCUUAUUACUAUAGUUUGGGUGUUGGUAUUCAUCACUCCAUUUUAAAUUCUCAUGGCUGUUUGAUUACAGUCUGGACGCACUGAUUGUGUUCAUUUAUAAGAAUGUAAUGUGUCCACUCGAUUAACGGUUGUGCUUUGGGCAACAGUUUCAGAUUAACAAUAAUUAUUCAUUUUUUAAUCCCUUUAUUUAAAGUACAGGAUCGCUUUGAUAAAGCAUUGACUGCACUUGUUGUUUAUUCUGUGUUAAACCUGCAGUGCAAAGACCUUUAACAGCAAUAACCUGCUGGGUAGGAGUGACAUUCUGUUGAAUCACUGACCUGGGUCUCUCAAUCAAUAUUUGGCUAAGACAUUGUAUCAGGACCAGUAACACUUUAUCUGUCUACUGUGAAGGGUAAUAUUAAUGCAAUAUCCACCCUUAGAAAAUGUGGUAAACCUUUUAUAAAACAUAAAUUAACCAUAUUGAAUGCAUUCCAUGGGUUUUCCUUUUUCUUAGUUUUUGCUCCACAUGCGUCACUUGCUGUUCUGUUGAAGCUUUGGUCGAAGCUGUCUGAAAAACAUGAACCGUUCUUUUAUUGUGAGGAAUCUUUUCAGUCUUCACUGUAGCAGAGCUUCAAAUGUUACACCCUAACAUUUUGACCACAAGUGUCAGUGUUUUAGGUUUUCCCUUUAAUCAUGCUUAGUCUGAACAAUCGUAUCCAUACAAUAUUUAAAAUGGCUAAAUUAAAACAAAUAAAAAGUGAAAAACAAUAUACAUUGUUACUGUAUAUCUUUUUCCCUUUUAUGUAUGCAUUUCCUUUGUUUACUGUAAGCUAACACAAGCUAACUAACACAAAUUAGCUGUCAACACUUACUGAGAAUUGCGCCAAGAUGUCACACAUGUAGCACACAGCAGGAGAUUGUCCGUGUCAGAAGCGUUCUCUCUCAGAAUAUGAAUCUCGUUGUCUCUCCAGUUCGUUGUUUCCUUCUGGUUUUACGCCAACUGCAAUAGAAACAUUAUCGACUCUCUCGCCAUGAAUGCAUCGGACAAUGAAGCGCUCUAUUCACACAUGGGCUCAACCGGACAUUACACGGAGCUGGCAGGGUAAAAUCCCAUUGAUUUCCUGUCCGAAUGAUUUGGACAAUUGCAUUCUCAUAUACAGCUUCUCCGGGAAAUGUCUAGAUAAUUUCAGGGUUGCAGUGCAUGUGUGAAAGGGGCUCAUAUGUGCAGUCAAUGGUAGUUUUCCGCCAACGCUAAGCUUCACCCAUGACCCCACCCCCUGUGAUUGGACAAUUGAUUGUUUUUUUAAUUUGGUAUGAACUAUGCUUCCGAGAAUACUUCCCUUUCAACUUCUCAUGAUUAUUAAAACAAUUCAUGACAUGUACAAUGUAUUUUAUAUUUCACUGUAUUUCUUUGUUUUGAUUUAGGCAUUUUAAAUCUUCCACAUUAAUCAGCGAGAACUUAAAUUUAACAGUCAUUUAGUGAAUGCGGCAUUAUGAAGGAUUUGCUAUGCACUUUGUCUUUUCACAGCUUAGAAUAUUAUGAUGAAUGAUGACGGUAUUUAUGUCCUGCGAGCAGAAUUUAUACUCUGCAAGAUGUAUGUUGGAAACUAUGGGGGCACAUGCAAGCAUAUUUCAUUUAAUUCAGUGUAAUUUGUUUUAUUUUUGAUUAAUUUUAACUUGCUACCUUUUUUCCCAUGUUAAUGUGCUUAACAUUGAGAUGGUUAGGUGUUCACAUGUUAUACUUGGUGCAGCUUCAGCCAGAGUGAAUGGUCAAUAUUCACACAAGUAUUGACAUUUGAUUAUGAGUAUGUCAUGCUUAAAAAGAAAAAGAAGAAAUUUGCUAUAUUCUGUUCAAAGCUUGUCACGAUGCCUCAGUUUAUUCUCACAUUAAUUACACUAGAAGAAAUGUUGAAGUAUCACGCAGUAUCACACUUCAAAAUAAACAAGCAUGGCCCUUUUUAUUGGGCAGACUGUAUAUGGAAGACAGUUUUCUAUGCAGAUAAUCAGUAUGUAGCUCGUUGAACACUUGAAUGAACAUUUUCUCAUGUUUCUUCCAAAGAUACAAGCUGCCGUUUGUUAUUAACAAUGACACUAGAGCGCUAUGCUUUCAAGUCUACACAUGUGUGACACAUUCUAUUCCUUAUUUCAAAGGUGAGUGUUUAUUAUCACAUUGUGCAGCCAUAAUUACCUCCACCAGAGAGAUAUGUUUUAGGUUUGUGUUGUUUGUUUGUCUGUUUGUCAGUCGUAUUACUGAAAAACUACUCGCCCGAUAUUCAUGAAACUAGCUUGAAAGGUGUAGCAUGAGCCAAGAAAGAACUCAUUACAUUUUGGAGUGGAUGCGAAACCCUGGCCGUUUUGUUAGGAGAGAUGUCAUCUACUUUCGCUACUAAAUUACUAUUGUUAUAGUGAAUGUUUGAAUUCCCUUUGCCUCCAGCUUCAUUCUCAGCACUCGAUGUGCAACAUUGUCCAACAACACCCAUAAAUCUUCUUUAAGAAAUUUGGUUUAGAUUUACCCAAAACUUGCCCGUGCACAGAUGGCAUCAUUGUUUAAUGUGUGUGCACUUUGACUCACUUUGCAGAGCAGGAAGACCAUGUGUCUGUGUCUAAUCAUGUCUGAAGCCGAAAAGGUUCAUUUUGAAAAGUUAUUAAAUAUUCCUGCAGGCGUUAGUCACUCAAAGCUUUGAUUAAUGAUUCACUGGUACGUUAUAAAUCUGUUCAGCUUUUAAGAACUUUCUAUUUCUGCAACAAAUGAGUUGAGAAAGUGACAUGUAUUGAGGCACACAACCCUUACAUUUAUUUUCACAAACCUUUUUUGACGAAGCAAUAAUAGUUGAAUGUCCUAUUCAUUCGUGGUGAUUCUUUGCACAAGUUUUGUCUCUGAUGCAUGCAACGUUGAAGAUGGAAGAAGUCAGAAAAAUCCUUCCUGAAACCUGUGGAACAAUUUCUUUAACUUCUAUCUGAUCGACCAUUAUGUUAUAUUGGUGUAAUGGUUAUUAUUAGAACAUGCUUUUUCAAAUUGUUAUAGAACAUUUCCAUCUUUUCAGUGAAUUUUCCUGAGAGCUAAAAACUAAAUUUAGUAUGAAUUAUAAGAUCUAAGUCUCUUCCCUGCCAUUCAGAAGUAGCAGAUAAUACUGAUACAGAAUGGAAUACAUUCAGAAGGCAGGACAUUAUCAUUUAUUUAAGAGAUUAAUACAGAAAUAGAGUUUAAAUAGGGACACAAAGUCUGUAUUGCAUUAUAAAUUCAUACAAUACAGAAUUUUUCUUUUCUUUGCAUGGCUCAAUAUACAUGUGGUCACAUAUACACAAUGUUUACUCUGCCAAACUGAGCACUUCUGUGUUAACACAAUUCUUUGUGAAAUGUUGCUUUAAAAUGUUUUUAUAUACAAUUUUUCUACAUUUUAUAUAAAGAAUCUGUGUAUAUAUGUGUGGAUACACACAGACAGAAUUGUGUGCAGGAGUGUGUAUGUGAAAGAGAAGAAAAGAAAAGAGUGAAUAAAUAAGCUUAUUAUCAUUGAAGGUCAAUCCUGUGCGGUGCGGUGAUUUGGGAAUAAGAUUCCAAGGUAUCCAACUGAACUCGCAAUGUAUUCCAUG